AGGGGUGCUGGGGAGGGAUUUUAGGGGCGCACAGGAGCAGUUCAUUGGAGAACAGGGGCUCCUAGGGCAGAAUUUGGGGAUGCCCUGGGGUUGGCAUUAUGUGGGGGGUCUGCAUUGGGGUGGGGCAUAAUUUAGGGGUGCUCCUCUGGUGGCUGCAUUUGGGGGAAGGGCUCUAGGGAGCAGCAGAAUAAUUUGAGGGGUGCUGCUUGCCAACGAAGCGAGAGGGUUUGGGAGGGAGAAGGGGGGUGCCUGGUAAUUUGGAGGGCCUGUUUCCUUGCAGGGGAAUUCAGGGGGCCCUGUUAAUUUGGGGGCUAUAUGCCCAGGAGAUUUGGGGGACUGGGGGGGUUCCCCUUAAAUAUGAGGGCUCACCUGUGGAUUUGAGGGGGCUGCAUUGGAAUUGGGGGGUGCCCCUAAAGGGAGAGUCCCCACUACCCCCCCAGAGCCAUGUCGUCUUUCGGGGACUCCAACGAGUGGUACAUGGGGUCGCUGAGCCGCCAGCAGGCUGUGGCCUGUCUCCAGGGUCACCGACCCGGCACCUUCCUGGUGAGGGACAGCUCCACCUGCCCUGGUGACUACGUCCUCUCGGUCAGCGAGAACGCCAAGGUGUCUCACUACAUCAUUAACAGCCUGCCGGGCCGGCUGAAGAUUGGGGAUCAGGAGUUCGAGGGACUCCCAGCGCUGCUGGAUUUCUACCGGGUGCAUUAUCUGGACACCACCACGCUGGUGGUGCCCGUGUGCCGGGGCCCCGCGGUGCCCGGCCCGGCCCCGCCACCCCCCGCCGAGGGGGGAGGGGACCCGGUGGCGCUGUCUGCCGGCCCCGCCCAGCCCUGCGAGUGGGUGCAGGCUCUCUACGACUUCUGCGGCAAUGACCAGGAGGACCUGCCCUUCCGCAAGGGGGAUCCGCUCCGGGUGCUGGGCAAGCCGGAGGAGCAGUGGUGGACGGCCCAGCGGGUCGACGGGCGGGUGGGCAUGAUCCCGGUGCCCUAUGUCCAGCCCUGGCGCCCCCAGGCCGGCGUCCUGCUGGGGCCCUAUGCCCACCCCAGUGUAGGCGGCCCCCCGGCGCCCCUGCCCACCCCCCGCAAUGGCCCCGUGGUGGCCAGGGCAGUACAGCGGCGGGUACCCAAUGCCUACGACAAGACGGCGCUGGCUUUCGAGGUGGGUGACAUCAUCACGGUGACGAAGAUGAACAUCAACGGGCAGUGGGAGGGGCAGCUGAACGGGCGCAGCGGGCACUUCCCCUUCACCCACGUCCAGAUCCUUGAACCCCAGAGCCCGAAGGAGGCCAGCUGAGCCCCGCGACCCCUGAACUUCGACCUUGGGCAGUAGGCUGAGCCCCACGACCCUUGAACUGUGACCCCAGGGCAGCCAGCUGAGCCCCGCGAUCCCUGAACUCUGACCCCAGGGUGGCUGACUGAGCCCUGUGACCCCUGAACUCCAACCUGGGGCAGUCGACUGAGCCCCAUGACCCCUGAAAUCUGACCCCAGGGUGGCCGGCUGCGACCCCCUGGUCACCCGAACCUUGGACGGUUGCAAUUUGACCCUU